AUGCUCACAUUGUGCAAAAAUUAUCAAGCGGGGUCAAACGACAUGCGCUCCAAAUCUAGGAGAACAAUCAAGAUAAACGGAGCUGAAGCCCUUGAAGACGACAUACAAGGUCACCCCGCCAAGAAACGCAAAUCGGAAGGACUCCCACCAUAUGGUGAGGCUGCGGUCGAAAAGCCAACCACAAGGAGCGACAAGCGUAGACAACAUCCAAGAUAG